AACGUCAACACCACAGCUCUCAGUCCCAGUGACGAGUCCCUCGAUCCGAAUGGAACUAUCCAUAACUAUCUGAUCGCAGGCUGGUGUGACUGCACGCAUUUCGUUGCAAUGGCCAGCAAACUACCUGCCACCGGUUCCUCAUCCCCACCCGUCUACGCGUCGCAGCGUCGCCCGUCCCUCAGCAACCCAUCCGCCAACAACAGUCACCACCACCACCAUGCUCGCCCUAGCAAGAAACAGCGGCUUGCCCAGCUGGCUCCAGCGGACCCGCAAGACAUGCGCAUCGCCAUGCAGGCGGCGGCAGGAGGGAAGACUUAUUCUUGGGCCACUUUGCCCCCUGCACCGCCUCCAGUUGUAGAUAACGGAAAAAAGAAGCGGAAGUCUCAUAAGAAGAAGGUCCCGGAGGAUGCACGGGUGGAGGAGAAUCUCAGUGCAUCACGACAUCCGCCAGAGUUGGAUUCAGUGGGGCAGACGGCUGGAACGGCGGACGAAGCACGGGAGCCGUCAGUGGUCCCAAAGAGAAGGAAAAAUCCGGCGUCUAAAGCGAAAGAAUUGGCGACUGUUGUUGACGAUGGCCCCAUCAGCAGCAGCAUGAGCAGAAAUGAGACCCCGAAGGUCAACUUCCAUCGAAAAGGAGAGGAGCUCGACAGGCUUGCUUCACCUCUAUCACCACAUUUGUCGCAAAAGAAAAUAGGGGCGCCAUCCCUUGCGCUACAUUCCGAUUCCAAAUCGCGGUCAGAACCGCAAACGUCGCCGCCACGCACAACUCCUGCUAUAACAAAAUCAUCCAGUUCGAAUGCUACGCGUAAGUCGGCAAAGGAUACACGGAAGCAGGCCUCACCAUCCCCAUCCCCAACCCCGCAAAGACAACCAAAAGCCUCGCAAAAGGAACCACAACAGCCACUGCCACCGCCACCGCGACUUGCACCUCUCACCAAAACGCCCGGCGGCAGGCAGGUAUGGGUGAAGCGGCGCGACGACGACGAUGACGUGUACCAUCGCAGUGCGCGCAAUGUCAUGGGAUAUCCGCUGGGCGUCGCGAUCUGGCGUAUGGGGUGAAGCCACGAAGUGUUGUGUGGGGUGGCGGUGAAAAGAUGAAGAUGGAGGUGCGGCGAGGGAUGAUGAAUAGUUGAUGGAGAGAUGGGAGUGUAUAUACAAUUUUGGUUUGGUUUCAUAUGGAGAUGGACCUCAUAGUGCCUCUGUGGCAAUGUUUCUGUGUAUGAAUAUGUCACACGGCUCUGUACAUAACUGUAUUCAAAGUCCAUAUAACCUGUUCUUUCGU